GAGUCCCAGGCGUGCCGUAGAGAGCCUUGCUGGGGAGAUGUCAGCUUGGACCAUGGGCGCCCGAGGUCUGGACAAGCGAGGAAGUUUCUUUAAGCUCAUUGACACAAUCGCCUGGGAGAUCGGAGAACUGAAACAGGAGAUGGUGCAGACAGAUGUCGGUCUGGAAAAUGGCCUAGAACCCGCAGGAGCCCACAGCAUGGUGAGACACAAGGACGAUGACUGUUCUGAGGAAAAGGAUGUGAAGACCUGUCCUCGAGAUUCUGGCUAUGACAGCCUCUCAAGCAGGCUCAGCAUUUUGGAUCGGCUUCUCCACACCCAUCCCAUUUGGCUACAGCUGAGUCUGAGUGAGGAGGAGGCGGCAGAAGUUCUAAAGUCCCAACCUCCCGGGAUCUUCCUGGUUCGUAAAUCUACCAAAAUGCAGAAGAAAGUCCUCUCCCUUCGCCUGCCCUGUGAAUUUGGAAGCCCCCUCAAGGAAUUUACCAUAAAGGAAAGCACCUACACCUUUUCCCUGGAAGGCUCUGGAAUCAGUUUCGCGGAUUUAUUCCGGCUCGUUGCAUUCUACUGCAUCAGCAGGGAUGUUCUGCCAUUUACCUUGAAGCUUCCUUAUGCCAUUUCAGCAGCCAAGACUGAGGCUCAGCUUGAAGAAUUAGCUGAGCUGGGACUAAAUUUCUGGAGCUCUCCAGCUGACAACAACCCCCCCAACCCUCCACCUCCCCCUAGGCCUGUCUCCGGCGCCGUGCGCCCCGCGGCGCGCCAGCUCUGCCUGGUGCAUGGACUGCACGGCCUGAGGACGCGCGCGCCCGCGGCGCUGGAGCGGGGCCGGGGCGGCGGGGCGCUGUGCUUCAUCAACCCGCUCUUCCUGGAGGUGCACAGCCGGGACCCUCCGGGGGACCCGCAUGGCCCCGCGCCGCGCGCGCCCCCGCCGCGGCCCCCGCCGCCCGCGGUCCCCGGCGGCAGCGUGCCCGAGACCCCCGCCGACGUGCCCGGGACCCCCGGCAGCGUGCCCGAGACCCCCGCCCCCGCCCCGCUCGGCACGGCCGGGCCGCGCGCGCGCGGGGACGCGCCGGGCAGCCGAGCGCCGCCCGUGCCGCCGCCGCGGCUGAAGAAGCAGGCGUCCUUCCUGGAGGCGGAGGGCGGCGCCAGGGCCCCAGCCGAGACCCGGCCGCGCGCGGGCACCGCGGGCAGCGCGGGGGCAGCCCCGCCCGCCGCGGAGGACGGCCCGGGACCGCGGCCCCCCUGGCACGGAGGCGGGCAGAGGCUGAGCGACAUGAGCAUCUCGACGUCCUCCUCCGACUCCCUGGACCUGGAGCGCAGCAUGCCCUUGUUCGGCUACGAGGGGGACACGGCCAGCAGCCCGGAGGACUACGACGGGGAGAGCGACCAGGAGACCAUGGCCCCACCGCUCAAGUCCAAGAAGAAGAGGAGCAGCUCCUUCGUGCUGCCGCGGCUCGUGAAGUCGCAGCUCCGCAAGGUGAGCGGGGUGUUCAGCUCCUUCCUGACGCCCGAGAAGCGCAUGGUCCGCAGGAUCGCCGAGCUGUCCCGGGACAAGUGCACCUACUUCGGCUGCCUGGUGCAGGACUACGUGAGCUUUCUGCAGGAGAACAAGGAGUGCCACGUGUCCAGCACCGACCUGCUGCAGACCAUCCGGCAGUUCAUGACCCAGGUGAAGAACUACCUGUCUCAGAGCUCCGAGCUGGACCCCCCCAUCGAGUCGCUGAUCCCCGAGGAUCAAAUAGAUGUGGUAUUGGAGAAAGCCAUGCACAAAUGCAUCCUGAAGCCCCUGAAGGGCCACGUCGAGGCCAUGCUGAAGGACUUUCACGUGGCUGACGGCUCGUGGAAACAGCUCAAGGAGAACCUGCAGCUCGUGCGGCAAAGGAACCCACAGGAGCUGGGGGUCUUCGCCCCAACCCCCGACUUUGUGGAUGUAGAGAAAAUCAAAGUCAAGUUCAUGACCAUGCAGAAAAUGUAUUCACCAGAGAAGAAAGUCAUGCUGCUGCUCAGGGUGUGCAAGCUCAUCUACACUGUCAUGGAAAGCAACUCAGGAAGGAUGUAUGGAGCUGAUGACUUUUUACCAGUCUUGACCUAUGUCAUAGCUCAGUGUGACAUGCUUGAACUGGACACGGAAAUCGAAUACAUGAUGGAGCUCUUAGACCCAUCACUCUUACAUGGAGAAGGAGGCUAUUACUUGACCAGCGCCUAUGGAGCACUCUCCCUGAUUAAGAAUUUCCAAGAAGAACAAGCAGCCAGACUGCUCAGCUCUGAGGCCAGAGACACCCUGAGGCAGUGGCACAAACGGAGAACGACCAACAGGACUGUCCCCUCCGUGGACGAUUUUCAGAAUUACCUCCGAGUUGCAUUCCAAGAGGUCAGCAGUGGCUGCACAGGCAAGACUCUCCUGGUGAGGCCCUACGUCACCACUGAGGAUGUGUGUCAGCUCUGUGCUGAGAAGUUUAAGGUGGAGGACCCUCAGGAGUAUAGUCUAUUCCUCUUUGUUGAUGAAACCUGGCAGCAAUUGGCAGAGGACACGUACCCUCAGAAAAUCAAGGCCGAGCUCCACAGCCGGCCACAACCCCACAUCUUCCAUUUCGUCUACAAGCGCAUCAAGAGUGACCCUUAUGGCGUCAUCUUCCAGAAUGGGGAAGAAGAUCUCACCACCUCCUAGAGAGAGAUGGGACUUCUCGGCGGUGCAUCCAAAGCAGGGAGGUUAGGAACCUUGCCUUUAAACUCCCACGGACUUGUGCUUGAAAAGGUCUCUCCUCUUUGGAGACUCCAAGUUCAGUGACUAAGCCAUCCACAGGUGAGAUUGGCCAAGGGCACAUCGUCAGACACAUUGCCCAGGCAAGGUGACAUGAGGUUUGUGCAACAGAUGGAUUCUCCUUCAGGGAUGGUAAAUUGCGUUUAGUAGUUCAGGUAUCCCUGAUUGUCUGUUUCCUAUCUCCAGCUAGUUCCUAGACUGGCUCAUGUGUGUGUGUGUGAGUGUGUGUGUGUGUGUGUGUGUGUGUGCGGAAUAAACAAUUAAGGUACAAGCUCUCCGCUUGAGUUCAACAGCAGGUGUUUGACAAGGCUGCCCAAUGCAGUGCGUCAGGUACUUCUCAAAUCUGUGGAUGGCUCCAUCCUUUUCUUGCUUUCUUUUUGUUUUUCUUUCUCCUUUUUUCUUUUUUAAAAAAGAGCCUUUGUGUUUUUAUAUAUUUCAUAGAAAUGUUUAUAGCAGUUGCAGGUAAACUGUUGGUUUUUAAGAUAUUUUUGUAACUUUAAAAUAUUCUAUAAUUAUGCAUGUGAUUUUAACCUUUAAUAUACAAAACAGAAUCUCUUGCUGGGUUUGAGAGUAUUGCAUUUUAAAAGUCUCUUUUCUGUAACUGGAUGUUUUGACUAUUUGGUGGGAAGAGACUGCUGAAUCUCUAAGGCAAUAUGUAACUGACACUGACUCCAGAAUGUCUUUAGAACCCUAAUGUGCUGUUGCCUUGUUCAAUACUCAGUGGUUUUGUGCUGUUUCAUGUUUUAACCAAGUGAUGCUGAGAAUUGGGAGAAAAAUGAAUGUAGAGAGAGGUCAAGAGAGUAAUAUAGAUUCAAAUCAAGAACUAAGGAGCAUUAACUGCUGGUUCAGGCUCCUUGAAAGGCAUGGGAUAAAGGAGAUGGAUGGAUGGAACCACCAAUACUGAAAAUACUGUAAAUAUGCCAUGAGGUUUGGCAAGAUCUGUACCGUAUGUAAUUUGCUGUUGAAAAUAAUCUUUAAAAUUUCGUGAGAAAAAAAUUAAGAUAACCCCCCUUUUUCCAUUUUCCUACAUAAAUCAAAACUAAUAAUAUCAAAUUAUUUUGAACAGAACCAAGUAAUGUGUAAUGUGACUUUCGUUAAUGAAGAUGCUGUUUGGAAAAGAGUUUGCAGAUACACCAAAAAGCCUAUUCGUGUUAUAAGAUUGUCUAUAUAGUGGAGUUAAAUUUAUGUUUUGUAAAAUCUAUUUUGGGGUGCACAGAGUAUGAGGGUCUUGUAUCAAUGUAACACCAGUUACAAGAACAUGUUUUUGUACUGUGUAAAGAUGCAGAGUCAUCAAAUCUACUUGGCUUUUACCUUGUACCUUUUUAGCUUUUGCUGUACUUUUAGAACCCUCAGCAGAAACUGUGUUGUACUUCCUUUUGUAAAUGAUUUUUUCAUGGAAUUUUGCACAUAAUACAUUGUAAUACUGUAUCAUAAUCAUGUGUGAAAUGAUUUUUGAAAUAUU